AUGGAAACUAGAAUUAACACAGCAAAUGAUAAGAAACUUCCCAUAAUUCGUGAAUUAAUAGACAUUAUAAUCAAUUCAACGAGAUUGUUUAAAAUAAUUCAAAUCAUUCCUUCUUCUGGGAAUAAUCAAAUUGUGAUAUUCGACGAUGAACCAAAUAAUACUUUAGAUAUUGGAAUAACCAAACAGGCUUAUUUAUCCAUGUUUAAACAAUGUCAUGAUUACUGGUAUUCUUAUAUAGAUGAUGAGGCUUCAUCAUUGGCAGAAUUGAAUGUAGCUCAACUUGAAGAGUUAUACCUUGCAACUUUGGGAUACCUUGUUACAGCUAACGACCAUCAUAGUAUUAUGAACCUACAUGAAGAUAUUGUGAGAUAUUUAUGUAACUACGAGACAGACAUAGAAAUUAUCUCAUGUUUCCUUACCAGUCAUCUCAAGAGAAUAAAUAAGAGCAGUUUACUAUGGAAUUGGAUGAAAAAACUUACUGUACAACAAAUUUAUAAACCGCUAUUUGAUGAAGCGUCAAAAGACCUAGACGGGAAUGACUUAUAUCGAACUAUGAUACUAAGAACUUUCAGAAGCUGUAAAAACCACUAUAUGAAUUACUAUGCCAAUAAUUUCAUCCACUGGAUCAUGGCGAUAAAUUAUCAUGUGCUCGGAUUUGGCGAUGUCAACGUGUUAUACAAGGAACUUCAAAAUCAAUGUCAUGAUAAUCUACUGGAUAGUUCUUUGUGGAUAAAUUUGAGAAACUAUAUUUGUUGCUUAAAAGGUUCUAUUGAUACCGAGUUUGUUGUUGAAGAAUUUGAACGAAUUUGCAGUAGUUAUGAAAUUGCAGUUCCAAAAAAGGUUCAACCUAAAAUUUCGACAAUUAAUCCAGAUGAUCUAAUCGUCAAUGAGGUGAAGUGGUUGAUUAAAGUUGACUGCAAAUACAAAUCACCGUUUCAAUUGCUAUUAUCUACCACUCAGGAGACAAGUACUUUGGGUACCUUGAAAAAGUUGAUAAGUUCCAGGGAAGACUUAAAGGGACUAAUAGAUUCAGAAACAUAG